UGUCGGCUCUUCGGGUCGCCAUUGUGCAGGCUUGGAGGGUGCACGUGUGCUGCGGCCCAAGUGAAACUACUGCAUCUGGCUCCGCCGCUGCUCUGGAGCGGGGCCCACUCCGGUCUUUGCGCUCCGUUCUCCCGACUUUGCCGCUGCUCCUCGGCCUGGCGCGGGUGGGUGCAGGACGCUUGGGCAGGGCAGACACCGACAGCAGGGCGGGUGUUGCCCAGGGAUGUACAACAAGGCGGGCAACCUGAGAGGCUCCUACAUCAGAAGAGACUGAGACCUGUACCAGGUCACCCAGUGCACCCCAUGUGACCCUUGCUACUUCACCGCCCACCGCAACUGGGAGACCGCUUGCCUGCCAUGUGCCGAGUGCCGGGAGGGAUUCCUUGUUGUCCUUCUGAGGAGAAGGCCAUCGGCAUUUCAACAAGGACAACCUGAGUCUGGACUUGGCUUCGGGCAGCGAGGACGGGGUGACAGUGAUGCUCCUCCCGACCCUGAGGAUUUUAUGGGUCCUCAAACGGUCCUACGUACCUCGUCCUGCCGACUGCGAGCGGUGUGAAGGCUCCUCCUCCCUCGGAUUUGCUUGCUGUUUGUCUCUGUCUCGCGUGACCUCUGUUGCUCGGACUCCCAGUGCUCUGGUGUGGAGAGCUGGUGGUCCCUGCUGCCCAGCCCCUGCUGGCCUCUCUCUAUGCACAGCAGGUCAGGAUGGGGAGGUGCUGGUGCCUUGUCUGCCUGCCCUCCCUGUGUGCCUCGCCGUGGUCCUGCUGCUCAGCCCCUGCUCAGCUGAGUUUGCUGUGGUCGGACCCCCUGAGCCCAUCCUGGCCAUGGUGGGUGAAGACGCAGACCUGCCCUGUCACCUGUCCCCGGAGAUGAGCGCUGAGACCAUGGAGCUGAUGUGGUGGCGGCCCAGUGACAGGCAGGUAGUGCACGUGUACGCACACGGGCAGGAGGAGACGCCGGCAGAAGAGUUUCGAGGGAGAACUUGGAUUUCACGAGAGGACGUCACUGCGGGGAAGGCCGCUCUCCAGAUUCGCAGUGUCAGCGUCUCUGACAACGGAACCUACCUGUGUCAUUUCCAAGAUGGAGACUUCUGUGCAGAAGCCCAGGUGGAGCUGCAGGUGGCAGCACUGGGCUCUGAUCCCCUCAUUGACGUGAAGGGCUACGAGGCUGGAGGCAUCCGUGUGAACUGCACGUCUGCCGGCUGGUACCCGCAGCCCCAGAUCCAGUGGAGAGACGCCAGGGGACAGAGCUUGCCCUCGGAGGCAGCGUCUGAGGCUGCAGAACCCCAGGGCCUUUAUGCAGCCUCAGCCUGUGUGAUCCUGGAAGGCGGCUCUGGGGAGGGGGUCUCCUGUGUCAUCAGAAGCCUCCUGCUGGGCCAGGAGAGGUCAGCCAGGCUGUCCAUCGCAGGUGCCUUCUUCAGGGACACACAGCCUUGGACGGUGGUGCUCGUGAUCGUGCUGGGUAUUGUGCUGGUCGUGGUGGUGGUGGUGGUGGUGGUGGUGGUGUACUUGCUGCGGGGACACUGGAAGAGGAAGAAGGCGCCAACUCAGGAUGAGGAGAGCGAGCCCAAGAGAUGCUGCAGGACCAGCUCGGGAGGCACCCAGCCCAGGGUGAAUCUGCUGCCCGAGGAUGCAGAGCGGGGCCCACCAGCUGCCGGCGCAGACACCAGACCACUGCUGCAGCAGCAGGGCGCAGCCGUGCGGUCCCCUGAGGACUCUGAGGCCAGUGUCGAGCUGCGGGUGGUGGUGCCCGCAGGGGGCAUGGCCACCCCACAGCAGGCGCUGCAGACCCAGGUGCCUCCAGGGGGUGGCAGCCCCCAUCCACACCUCAGAGCAGGUCACGUCUACAGCGACCCAGUUUCCAGACAAGGCCGCACUCUUGGCUGCUGGGCUUAG